AUGAGAAGAGCAUUAAAAAAGAAGAAAAUAAAUGAUAAAUUAGGAAAAUUAGUAUUUAAUGGUUUAGUCCGGAUGCAAUAAAUGAUCAUCAGAAACAAAAUUGAACCAACAUUAUUUAAUCUAGUAUUUGCAAAAAUCAUUUUGUUAAUUUCUGCCUUAUAAGAAAUAUAAUUAAUCACAUCUACUGAUAUUCAAAAUUACACUUCUAUGUAAAUACAAGGUUCAUUAUUGUCUUUUUUAUAAAAGUUUUCAAUAAAUUUAAUUAAAUAUGAUAGAGACGAACUAUUUUUAUUUUUGUUGCUCUCAACUGAAGUAAUAUAUUUUUUAGUGGUGCUAAUAGUUUAUUUUGAUAAGAAGGAGAAAUUUAUUCUAGUAGGAUAAUUUUACAAAUAUUUUCAAAAUAUUUUUCACUCAAUAAUAUUCCUGCCAACUUUAAAUAUUUCAUUUAAUUUUGCAAAUUCAUUAAAUUAUAUAGAACUGUCAAUAAUUGGAAUAAUAUUAGGUUUAUUUUUAGAAUUAAUUUAUUGUUUUUGUAAUAUUAAAAACAGUUUAGUUGAAAUUGAAGGCUGUUACUCAUCAAGACUGGCUAAUUUAUUUUAUUUAAUUAUGCAAUUUAUAAUUUGUUUUGUAGUUCAAAAUAAUUAUUAACAUUAAGUGGCUCCUGCUCUUAUGCUUUUUUCAAGAUUCAUAAUGAUUACUUAAAAGAUUAAUUGUUAUUAAUAUAAUAGUUGGUACUAUAUAUAAAUAACCAAUUUUGUAAUAUCAUAUAUAUUAAUACUUUUAACAAAUCAAUAUUGGUAUGAUUUAGCAUUGAUUUACAUUUUAUUUAUUGCUAUUUAAAUAUAAAUAAGAUAAAAAAAAUUAGGAGAAGAAUUAUUUUCAAAAGAUAAUGAAAUAAAUAUAUUUAAAUAUAGUAUUUUUAGAAAUCAAGAAUUGAUGAAUAAUUUUAAAUCAUAUUCUCAUUUUUUUACAGAAAUUAAAGAAUAAAAUAUCGUAAAGUACUAAAAAAGAGUACUAUAAAAUGGUGAUAUACAAGAUAAAUUAACUGUUUUAUAACAUGUUUUCAAAUAUAAGAAAAUUUAGUUAUAUCUAAAUUUAAUAAAUAUUGAGAAAACAAAUUUAAGUUAUUUGUAAUAAUUAACUUUAGAAGCCAAUUUAUUAAAUGUAAUUUAAUCCUGUGAGAAAUUAAUCACAUCUCCUCUAAAUGUUAAUUUAUACAUAAAAACAUUAGCUUUAGAGCAAUAAAAUUUUUAACUUUUAAUUAAUUUUAUUGAUUUAAAAAGUUAAUUUUAUAUCUUAUUGACAAAAGAGUAAGCUUUGGAUUAAUAUCUUAAAACAUUUAGAGUUUAACUUAAUAAGAUUUUAAAUACACUAGAAAAAUACAAGAAAAUAUUUGAAAAAUAAUAUGACUUACAAACAGGAAGAUUAUAAGAAUUUAAGAAUUCUGAUUAGAUUUCAAUAAAUAUAGUAUCUUCAUUUUUGUUUAUAUUUUACAGUAAUUAUUUUUAAGUAAUCAACAAAUUUAAUGAUAGGUUAAAGAUCUUUAGAAGAGAUAAAGUGACUUACUUGGUUAUGAUAAAAUAAUGAAUUCAAAGUUUCAGAAGAGUAAAUAUAUAUUUAAAUUUAUGAUAGAUGAAGUCUUCUUAUUGUCAUCAAGCUUUAUAAAAGAUUCAAACAAUAUAAUAAAUAAAAAUAAUAAAAGAUUACUCCAAAUAAUAGGUGGACAAUUAGAACCAAAAUAACUUAUUGAAUUGUUACCUUAAUUUUAAAAGACUGUGUAUAAUAGUUUUGUUAGUCAAUAUUUAUAUUAAGGAUUAGAUAUUAAUUAGCCUUUGAAUUUAUAUUUUUAUAAAAAUGAAUAUUUGAUAGAAUGCAAUUUGUACAUUUAUGUAACAAUUAGUUAAGAUGAUAUUAUCUUAUAAAAUUUAUUGGUAAUUAAAAAUUAACCUAAUCAUUUUGCAAUAUUUGAUUCUGAAGGAAAAAUAUUAGGAAUAUCUUAAUAGAUUUAUGAAUUUUUAAUAUCAAAGUCUGAUAAUGCUUUUACUAAGAAAUUAGUAGUUUCAGAAUUUAUUCAAUAAGGAAUGAUAUAAUAUUAUCUUCCAGAAAUAUAUUCACAUAUAUAAGAAUUGACUACUUAAUAUUCUUCAGGAACAUUUUAAUAAGAAGUGAAUAUUUCAUCUAGAUGGUAAUUUCCUGUGAAUCAUAAAAAAUGUCUUGAAUAAACUUAAGCAUUAGGACUUGUUAAUGAUGAAGGAACUAUAUCAUCAUAAUUUAAGAAAAUCUUUUAUUCUUCAUCUACAAAAAGAUUGAUUUCUACAAAAUAACAUAAAUUAACAGAGGAAAUGCCAAUAAUUAAAAAUGUGAAAAUUAAGAUUAUGUAAAAAUAAAUUAUGAACUAAAUAUAAGCAUUAGUAGUACCAUCAUCAAGACUAAAAAGUAUAGAUUUUGAAGGGUCUUUAGAAUUUGUAUAAUAAAAAUUUAUAGAAUCAGAAACAAAUUAUUUUGUAUUGAAAUUCAAAUAAAUAGAAGAAUUUUAAUAAGAAAAAAUAGCUUAAAUUCCUUAAAUAGAAAAUAUUUAAAAUUAAUCUUUAAUUAUUAAUGAUAAAUAAUUCGAAGGAUUAUAAUCAGAUUAUGAAUUCAUUUCAAAUUUAAUUAAAAGUAAGAAAUUAUAUACUCCUUUAAAAUAUAAUAUUUUUAUCCUUACAUUAAUGAUUGUAAUGACUACUAUUGCUUUAGUUGUUAGUUAUCAAUUGAAUUAUAAUAAUAUGAUUAAUUAUCAAGAGGAUGUCAAUUUUUUAAAUACUCCUUAAGCUAUGACAUUCAAUAUAGGUGCUUCAUUCAUGUUAAUGUGGAAUCAAUAUUGUAUUUAAAAUAAACUUUAUUUAAUAAGUCCAUAUUUAGAAUACAGAAGACAAAAUUAAUUAAUUUAUGUUUUUGAUUUUUGGGGUAGUGUUCAUGAAGAAUAUUCAAUGAAUUUAAGUAAGAAAAGUAUUGAAUUGGGUUUUGAUAAGAUUGAUUUAAUUAGUUAUAAGAAUGGUUUGAAGAUUGAAACUUAUUUGGAUUAUUAUGAAUUUUAUACUAUAAUGAGAGAAGCAUUGGUUAGACAAUAUAAAAAGACAGAUUUUAAGAAUAUCAGUACUUUUGAUCCAGAUAUACUUAAAACAAAUGGAUUGGUUCGUUAAAAUAUGUUAAAAAUAUUUAAAUUUCAUAAUUUUAUUUUAGAUGAGAUGAUAUCAACAACAGAGGAAUCAUUUUCAUAAUUUGAAAAUAGCACAUUUAUAUUUUGUGUAUAAUUUUCAUUAGUUAUAUUAUUUCUUUUGAUAAUAUUUUUUAUUGUAAAUUGUAGAUUAUUAAGAACAGAAACUAAAUUAAUUAGACUAUUAUAAUAUUUAAAUGUUAAAAUAAUAUAAGAAUAAUUAGAUAUAUUACAUUUUUAGAAAGAAUAAUUAUCAAAUUUAUUAUUGAUUUAAUUUUAAGGAAAGGAUGAACCUAUUAGUUAAAAAUAAAGUGAGAAAGUCAUAAUCAAUUAAUCCAAGUAUAAUCCAUUAAGCAAAUUAGAAAAUUAUAAUGAAAAGUAUACUUUAUUAAUAAUAUUAUCUUUGGUGAUUGGGGUUGAACUUAUUUUAUUUAUAUUUGGUUCUUAAUUAGUUUCUAAAUUAUAUAAUAGCCAAUAUUAAAGUAGUUUAAUUCUUACCAUGAAAUAUCUGAAAUUGAAAUCAAGAUUAGAUUCAGCUGUAAUUGUUGGGGAAGUUAUAAAGACUGAACAUUUAAUAAAUAAUAAUAGUGGAAUUGAAUAUAUUAAUUAAACUGAUCAUAUUGAAUUCUUUUUCAAUAAUAUUGAUGUUUUACUUAAACUUUCAGAUUAAAUCAAUAAUGAACUAGUAAUUACAAAUUCAUAUAAUUAAACAUUUCAAUAAUAAUUGAUCAAUAUAUAUAAUGAUGAUCUUUGUACUUACUAUUCAAGUAUAUUAAGUUUUUGUAAUAUUAAAAAUAUCAAAUUGGAAUAUUAUGAAAAAGAAAAUUAUGUAACUUUAAUAGAUAAAGGCAUUUAUGGAAUAAUUUAAGAUUUAAAUAAAUUAUCUAAAUAGGAAUUCAAUUAUGAGCAAGUAUAUUUACUUUAUGAAUAUGAUUAGAAUCAUUCAGAUUAUUUUCUAAAAUUACCAAUACAUGAUCAUUUAUUCUUACAAUACUUUAUAGAAUUACAAACUUGUAUUUUUUAUUGUUUUGUAGAUAUUUUUACUGAAACCUAGAUAUUAAGUAAUAAAUUAUCUAAUUAAAUAUUAAUAUAUUUAAUCACUUCAUCAGUGGCGUAAAAAAAUAGUUAUUUAUUUUUAGAUUUCUCCUUUUUACUUCAUUUGUGUCAGGUUUUUGGAUUAAUAUGUAAUAUAAAAGAUUAAAUCAGUUGAAAUUGAUUGCUACUUUAUUUCCACCUGCUUUAAUUUAAUAGAAAGGAUUUAAUAAAUUGUUGUACUCCUAAUUAAUAUAGAUCAAAUGAAAUAUUAAUACUUGUGUUUCAAUUUUAAUAUAAAAAGUUUUUUAAUUAAUAUGAUUGUCAAAAUACUCUAAAAGACCUUUAAGGAAUUGCAUGCAUUUACAAAACAAUAUAUAAUAGCAUUGAAUGAUUUAGUGUUUGAAAGAAAUUAGGAUCACAUUUUUUAAAUUAUAAUAGUCUAAUUUUUUAUCAUUCUUCAUGAAUUACAAUAGAUUGAACUUUCAAACAAUCCUGACUUUAAUUAGUAUUAAUAUUCAAUAUUUAGCUUAAUUUUAGAAAUUGCACAACGAUACAGGAUCAGUUUCUUAUUACCAGCAAAUUCAAUAUCUGCACUAUAUGUAAUUGCUACAUUUAUCAUAAUCUCUUUUAUCUGUAUUAACAUAAUAACAAUUUGUUAUAUGAAAAAACUAAUUCAAUCAAAUUCAAUUAUCUAUUAUGUAAUGUCUAUUAAUCAUUAUCUACUCAUUAUUCCAAUCUUUUUUGCAGGAUUUCAAAAUUUUACUCAACAAACAAUAAAUGGAAUAUCUAUAAUAUGUAUGAUAUUGUCAUUUACUAUUGAAAUAUUUAAUAUAACAUUGAAUACAAGAUUACAUUUUAUAGAAAUUGAAGGAGCCUAUUAUUCAACAAAUAUUCAUUUCAUAAAAAUCUUGUUUAAUAUUUCAUUUUGUUUAAUACGUACUUUAACACCAUAAAAUAUUCUAAUAAUUCAAAUAUUUUAAAUUAUACUCAAACUUAUUUAUUGUAUAAUAAUAAUAGAAAAAUAAGAUCGUAAUACAACAUUCUAAUUAUCAACAUAAACUAUUAUAAUAAUAUAAAUAUUAUUAAAUACUUUAAAAUUAGAUUGGUGUCAAAUAAUGAUUUAUUUUAUAUUAGGUAUUACUUUAAUAAUUGCAAUUAGAUAAAAGAUAAUAUUAUAUUAUAUAUUGGAUAAUAAUCAGGUAUCUUUAUUAAAACUAUAAAUACAUAAUUUAGUUCAAUCAAAUAAAAAAAAAAAAAUUAUUGAAAUCUUGAUUGCUAAUUAAAUCCAAUAUGCAACUUUAGAUGCUUUUUAAAUUGUAAAACAUUUUGAAUCUUUUGAUUAAAAAAUAUAGUACAUAGAUCAUUUAAAAGAUAAAAAUUGUAUGAAAGGACUUCUAUUAUUAUCUAAAAUUAAAUCUGAUAAAUUUACUUAUCUUUAAUAACUAAAAUUAUAGACACUUAAAAGAAAAUUAAAUACUCAUUGCAAACGUUAUUAUAGUUAAUAAGUAGAUAUUAAAUUAGCUACAAAAGUAUUAAUUGUUGAAGAUAAAGUUAUAAUGAUUUUAAAUAAAAUAUCUAGACUUAAAAUAGAAUUUUUGUCAUAAUUAAAAAGUGAUCAAGAAGAAUAAGCAUACAUAAAUGCAAUUCUAAAAGGUUUAAAUAAGAUUACUUAAGAAUUACAAAAUUAAUAACAUUAAUUUGAAAAUCUUAUUGAUUUAAAUUAAUUAAAAAUGAAAUUUGUACCAUAAAGUGAUAUUCUAACAUUAAAACAUAUUGCUAAUUUCUAUUAAAACUUUUAUUUGGAUUCUGAAAAAGUAAUCUAUUAUAUUUAUAAAAUAAGGCUUAAUAAAUAAGAAACAGAAUUAUUGAUAAAAUUUCAUGGAAUAAAAUGUUAAAUCUUUAAAUUGAAGCAUGUAUUUAAAAUUAUUUAUAUAAUAAGGUCAAUCUUUAGUCAUUUAAAUCAGUUAUUUGAAAGAAUUUGGAAAGAUUUGUCAACUUAAUUUAUAAAGAUUGAAAUAAACAUUUCCUAAUCUCAAAACUAUGCCUCAAAAUAUGUCUGAUUUACUACCUAUAUUCUGGAAGGAUUCUUAUUUUAAAUUAAUUUAAACAUAUUUAGAAUCAUCAACAAAUUCCAAGAAUUAAAUUGGAGGUAUUUUAAAUAAUGAACCAUAUAUUUAAUCUUGUUAAAUUUAUUUAUCCUAUCAACUUACACAUGAUGAUAUAAUAAUUAAUCAAUUUAUUAUUAUAGAAAAGUUAACUCCAUAAAUAUUAUGGUUUAAUUCAGAUGGUAAGAUACUUGGUAUUUCAAAAGAAAUUUAUGAACAUUUAAUUUUAAAAUCUGGGAAUGCUUUUACUUAAUCAUUGAAAGUUAAUGAAUUUUUAGAAAAUACUAUGAUAUAGUUUUAUAUUGGUGAAAUAUAUUCUUAGGUAUUGUAAUUUUAAUCAUUAACAUUAUAAGAUUAAUUUAGUCUUAAAGCUUCAACUUAAUGGAAAUUUCCAUUGAAUCAUAAAAAAUGUUUAGAAAAAGUUAAAUAAUUUUACAAUGAAGAAAUUUCAUUAACUUCUAAAAAAUCAUUAUAAUAAAUAUUCUAUUCUUAAUCUACUAAAAAUAUGUUUAAUAAUUUUAAAUCAAAAGUUACUAUGGCUUAAGCCACAGAUCCUAAAAUUUAGAAUAUACCUAUUAAAAUAAUAAAACCCAACUAUCAAGAAUAAAUAUCUAAAUUAGUCAUCAGUUCAAAAUCUAUAAGCAUAGAUAUAGAAUAUGAAUUAACCUUUUAAAAAUAUGAAUAACCUGAAGGUGAAAUGAUUGCCUUAUUUUCUAUCAAUUUUUUAUUAGUUGAAGGAUUGAAAAGUCAUAUCUCAUAAGAUUAAUAUAUUUAGUAAGGAUUAAAUCAUUUAAUAAAUAAUAUUUAAUAAUAUGAUUAAUAAUAAAUAAUUUAAGAAUAAACAUAAGUUUAAGGUGAAAGUUUAAUUAGUCACAAAGGUUAAUAUCGACAUAUUAAGAUAUCAUUAUUUUUGCUAUUAAUAGUUUCACUCAUUUUGGUAAUUCUAUCUUAUUUAAACAUCUCAACAAAUCAAAGUGAUAUCAAAGUUUUUGAAUAUUAUUAUGAUUAUGCCAUUUAUCCCUAAGCUAUUACAUUUGUUUAUGCUGCACUAUUUUUGAAUUAAUGGAAUCGAUUAUGUUAAAUACAAAAUAUUUAUAACUUAUCUGAAUUAGUAGAGAGUUCAAGAUAAGGAUCUUUAUAAUUUGUAAAUGGAAUAUUUUUAGGAAGAUAUAAUUAAGAUUCUAUGGGUUGUUAUCUCUUAAGUCUUGAUAUCAAUUAAGAAACUGUAAUUGUUGAUUAUUAUAGUAAUAAUACAAUUAAAUAAGAUGAAUUGAAUUACUUAUAAUUUUUUGAUAUAGCAAGAACAAAAAUGGAUAAAAUGCAUAGAGAAAAUUUAAUUAAUUAUAAUACAUCUUUAGAAGACUAUUCAACAUUAAAUUCAUCUAGUUUUAUAAGGUAAAAUGUAAUUAAGAUAUUUGUAUUUUGUGAUAUUGCAAUGGAUGCUUUAGUUUAAAUUGUAUUAGAUAAAAUAGAAUAAUCAACUUAAUAAUUUAAUAUUAUUUUAAUUAUAGAAAGUAGUUUGGCAUUAAUAAUUAUUUUAAUUCAAACAAAAACUAUGUUUAGUUCUUCUGAUUUAAAAAAUAGAAUAUUCUAAUUAUUAAGUCAUCUAAAUCAUGAUACUAUAAAUGAUAUAAUUAUUCAAUUAGGUGAAAUGAAUCCAUAUCAUACAAUGUCAUCUACUACUUAGAAUCCAUCAACUAUUAAUUAUUAAUAAUCUAAUCGUCUUAAUAAACCAAAAUCAUCUAUAUAGAUCAAUCAUAAAUUGAUCAAUCAUAAAUAUAAAUCUCUUAAAUCAUUUAUGUUACCAUUAACCUAUUUCAUAAUAUUUAUUACUUUAGGAUUGUCAGUAUCCUUUUUACAUUUAGAAUACUACUAAUAAUAUAAGUAGUCUUUGAGAACUACUUUUUAGUUUGUUAAAUUAAAGAAAAUAUUUGAUAGUUCAGUGUUAUUAGGGGAACUUAUUAAAACAGAAUACUUAAUAAAUACAGAUUCAUUAUAACAUAUUAAUUAAAUUGAAAUUAUUUCAUAGUUUUUUAAUUAUACUGAUUAAUUGUUACCUAUCAUUAAUAAUAUUAUUGAUGAAGUUAUGGAGAAUGAUAUUUUUAAUUCAUCUACUUAAGAAUUAAUUAUGACUGCUUUAUAAGGAAAUUUAUGUGAAAAUUUCCCAAAUUUUUAUUAUUUUUGUAAUAUUUCUUCAAAUUUGAAUCAUACUGAAAAAGAUAUUACUUAUAUGUAUUUAACAUAAGGAAUUAGUGGUAUGAUGCAAAAAUAUUAAAAUUUAUUAUAGAAUGAAUUUUCUUAUGAAAGAGAUAAUCUAUAAUAUUAAACUAAUACUACAUUAUUGUAAGAAUUUUUAGAUACAUAAAUUCAUUAAAAUAUAUUUGUUUAAUAUUUUUAUGAUAUGGAAUAUUUAGUAUAUACUAGUUUCCAUUAUUUUUAUGAUCAAACUUUGGCUUUAGGUUAAGAGAUAAAAGAUAAAUUAAGUAAUUUCUUUUUAUACUCUGGACUGAUGUAUAUAUAUAUAUUUUAUAAAUUUAUAGUUCAUUAGCUUUAAUAAGUGUUGAAUUUUUAAUAUGGUAUUAUUUGGAAGAUUAAGAAUUUACUUAAUUGAAAUUAAUAAUUACACUUUUACCUUAGUCUUUACUCAGAAAUAGAAACAUUAGUAGAUUGGUUCUGAGAACUUUUACUUAAAUUUAUUGA